AUGUUUGUUGUUCUACAUGGGGACCGCAAAAAGUUAAAACUGCCGAUUUGCGAACAAGGAUGGUUGAAUAGGAUAAAUUUUCUUUUAGAAAAAGGACAAGGGUCAAUGCUUGUAUUUGUGGAGGAGGCAGUGCAGUUGUCGUAUCUAGGAGUGUCUCCGAUAGGUGUUGAAUUUCGUGGGGGUGAUCUAGAGACCUGGAUUCCAGGUCCUGCAGCCAGAAACCUCGCGGCCAAUCUGAAGCAACUAUCAGAUAGGUUCCCGUCGCCCGGUUCAGGUGUGCUAAAACUCAGGGUAACGGACUUGGAGGGGGAACACCCAUGCUAA